GGAAAGGGUAUGCAGUUCUUUCAUUGGUAAGCAUUGAGUGUUCUUGGAAGAUGUGGGGACACAUUUGCAUCUGGAAGUUUCUUCAUAGGUUUGUUACCGGGAGAUGAUGGUAUGUCAUACUUGCUUUGUUUUAACACUCCCUUACCAUCCGUCUUCUAAGAAAAAUCCAGACAGUCAAGGUGGAGAAUAACAACGCUAACUUGACCCUCAAGGGAGAGCGGAAGCACACUUGAAAACAGGAAUCGCUGAGUGCUGGAAAUGCAUUUGCCUGCUGUUGCUGGAUGUACAAUCUUCUCUCCAAGUUUGAGUUCAGGGAAAACCUGUUCUGUCAGUUAGCAGCAGCAACCAGCUGUGGACUGUGCUGACCAGCUGAAGACCUUCGACAUCAUGAACUCACCCACUCUCGUUUCUAGGAGCAAUUCUUCAGUUUUUCAAAAAAGACUGUGUAUUUUUAAAAGGGAAUUGAAGACUUUUUUAAAAUAUACAAACAAUACUUUGAACUAUAACUAUGAAAAUAAGGCGGACAGUCUGCCUGAUGUGAGAGAAAAUCAGUGUGUGAUGCAGAGUCAGGAGGUGCAAUCCAAGUGGAACAUGGAACUGGCCAAUGAAAAACUAAAGAAAGAGCUGGAGGAGGAACUGAAACUUGACAGUGAGCAGCUGUGCAGCCAUGCCUGGUACCAUGGCUGUUUGCCACGGCAGGAGGCAGAAUCUUUGCUGCAGGAGGAUGGAGAGUUCCUGAUCCGUGACUCACGGUCCAGCCUGGGUGACUACGUGCUCACGUGCUGCUGGGCGGGGCACCCUCUGCACUUCAAGAUCAUCCGCGUGGUGCUCCGCCCCCGAAAGGGCUAUUCUCGCACCCUCUUCCAGUUCGAGCAAGAGCAGUUUGACAACGUGCCUGCCCUGGUGCGGUUCUAUGUGGGCAACCGGAAGGCCAUCUCUGACGUCUCGGGAGCUGUGGUCUCCAGGCCUGUGAACAGGAGCGUGCCCCUCCGCUGGCUGCAGGAGCAUUACAGCGGCACCCGCCAGCACCCUGGACCAGCUAAACAGAAUGAAGCUCCUGCUCGACGGUACAGUUUCCGUGCAGCCAAAGCUGGGUUGAAAAUGGCGGAGGGGAACCUGCUCUGGACAAAGGACAGAAGUGGAAGUGACCCCAGCUUAGACCAGUUGGGUCAUAGACCCUCCCUUCACAGUGCCCAGUCAGAUAGCAAUUUACUGACAGGCAGCCCAGAAACGUCACCUGGAGCCCAGGACAGGAGUCCGCUCCCUCCCCUGUCUCCUGCAUUCCGGACAGGCAGUGAUCCCGUCCUGCGGCCGAAGGCAACAUUUUCUCCUCCACUGAAGGGUCCAGCACUGAGUGGCUCCGAGGGGCGGCUCCACUCAAAGGCCCCGCCCAAGCCUCUCAGGGCUCCAUCCAUUCUAGUGAGUGACUACUGUGAGCUGGUCCCCAAGGUCCCCGAAGGUCCCCGUAGUCACGUGGAACGCCUGCAGAUGGAGGAGAGGUGGCGUGGUUGGGCCCGCCUCACAGAGACUGCCUUCGGCUUUCUGGACUCUGAGGAGGUACCUUCUUCCCUGCCCCUCUUGGCGGAGGCUGAGGAGGAACCAGAAUUUGAACGGCCCCUGAUGGAGACAACCUCUUCCUUCCGGCCUUGCCACUUCCGCUCACUGCUCUUGCCCCUCGACAACAAGCCCCUGGAGCCCAACGCCCUCAAGCGCCUCAAAGACCUCUUUGCCCAGCAUGAUUGCAAGACAACAGCCCUUCAUAUCCUCCAGAUGGACUGCCAGGCUGUCAGGAUCACUGGUGUGUCCAAGGAGCAGCAGCGGUCAAUGGGGGCGAGAUCAGGUCUGGAGCUCAUAACUUUGCCUCAGGGGCAUCAACUGCGGAAAGAUUUGCUGGAAAGGCACCACCUCCUAGCCCUGGGCAUUGCUGUGGACAUCCUUGGCUGCACUGGGGCCGUGGCUGAGAGGGCAGCCACCCUGCACAAGAUCAUCCAGUUGGCUGUGGAACUCUGGAGGUCAGCAGGGGACCUCUUUGCUCUGUCUGCUGUGAUGAGAGGCCUGCAGUUGCCACAGAUCACACGGUUGGAACAAACAUGGAGGCAGCUGCGCCAGAGCCAUACUGAGAGCGCCAUCGCGUUUGAGAAGGAACUCAAGCCCCUCAUGGGACGUCUCAAUCGGGCUGAAGGGAACUUGGUCCUCUGCCCAAAGGCGGUUGCAGUCCCCCACAUCCUGCCCCUCCUCUGCCUCAUGGAAGGAGAAGAGCUGUGGGGCAAUGACGAGGAGGCAUGUGAUGCCCUCCUAAGGACGCUGGAAGCGGCUCGGUCCAUUGCCACCAAUGCCAGUGCCUAUCAAGUCAGUGCCGAGGCUAAGCUCCACGGGUUACAAGCCACCCCAGAGCUCCUGGAAGCUUUCAAGACUGAAUUCUCAUUGCGUUUAUUCUGGGGCAGUAAAGGAGCUGAGGCAGAUAAGGCUGAGAGGCACAGGAAAUUUGAGCGGAUCUUGACCGUUCUUUCCCAGAAACUAGAGUGAACAAGGCAUGCGUGGAACAGCUUUGUACCUCGGGCACACCGGAUGGAAUGAAAGCCAGGCAGGGCAAGCGGAAAGUGCAAGACGUGAAGGAAGAGCUGCCUCCGCCCGACUCCUGGACCGCAAUGCUGGCAGAGCUGAAUUCUGCAAGGGCACGGGCCAUCAGAGAUGAGAUGGAGCAGGGGCCACUGGUGUAAAGUGCCAGGGGUCCUAAGUAGUACAAGCAUUCCUUACAGGAGACAACCAGCCCCUUCCAGACUGGCAGGGCUAUUUCUGGCUUAUUUAGAUUUGGUAAUGCUGGUAGCCUCUGCAAAGGAACCAGUGUGUAAUAGGGAAAGGGGCCUUUUCUCAGACUGUUAAACACUCUACUUUAGGGUAUUUCUUAAGGGGUAAUGACUGAAGUUACUGGCAAACCUCAAAAGCUACUAGUAGAUGUAUCCCCACUAUUUUAAUACAUGCACACAAUAGGCCUGUUUAAUACUGAUUAGUUACAGGUCUGUAUGUAUUCCACAGUUAAACAUCCAUAGUGUGGAAUAGAGUAUUGGCUGCAGCAUCAUAAGCCAGAGUUGGUGGAAAGCAACCAGAUUUCCCACUCCCAUGACAGCAAGGAGUUUAGGGAGAGCAUGUUCUUGAUUGUGCAAAGCAAGCAGUUGUGUAAAUUAUACAAGAGUUGUAUACAUUGUUUUUCUUGGUAUGCAGUUGUGUGGUGGGUAUCCUGGUUCUUCCCUUUCUUGCUGUAUGGGUUUAAGCUGCUCUCCGCCCCCCCCCCCAUUUAUCCGACCUUUCUUGGGCAUAAGGCCAGUUGCAGCACUAAACAUUCACAGGGAAUUAUAACUGGGGGUGGCACACUCUCCACUCUUCUAAGCUAUACAAGGUCUUGGGGAUGCUAAUGGUGGUAUACAUAAAAGAUAAAGUGUGCCAUUGAGUUGGUGUUGACUCCUGGAGACCACAGAGCCCUGUGGUCAUCUGUGGUAGAACACAGGAGGAGUUUACCAUUGCCUCCUCCCACACAGUAUGAGAUGAUGCCUUUCAGCAUCUUCCUAUAUUGCUGCUGCCCAAUACAGUACCAGUGGGGAUUCAAAUCAGCAACCUUCUGCUUGUUAGUCAAACAUUUCCCCACUUAAGGUGAUCUGGUAUACAUAAGGCAGACUUAUUUGGGGCCCACUUGUGGCAGAGGGAAGCAAGCUCAGCAACAUAGCAAUGAAGGCAACAGUUAGGGCAGGACAGAGGACGGGACUGGGUCUAGCACAGGGGUGAACAAGUCAAAUACCCUGGUGGGCCACAACCAACCAUGACGUUGUAGGCAGGGGCUGAAGUAAACUUUCCCCACAUUAGUGAUUCCACUAACUAUUAAAUAUUAAUGAAAGCAAUUAGUUACCCACAGCACAAGCUGGUAAGAGGAAGUUCCUAGCAACCUUUCCUCUUCCCUAGCCUCCAUGUACUUCCAACACUUGCAAAGGACAAUUUUGAAAGGGCGCUGACCCCCACCAGGUCCAUGGGGCAAGGUGGCAUUUUGUACCUCACCUCAGACACCAUAAUACUUUGGGCCACCCCUGGGGCCAGCAAGAAGGUCCAUGCAGGCUGGAUCUGUGCCCCAGGCCGUAUGUUGUGCAGGCCUGGUCUAGCAGUAGGCCUCCUGUUAUGUCUUUGGCAAAUCUUGUAUUAAAAACCAACUGGACAGUU